UUAGUUGGUUACGCAAUCGUCGAUUCUGCAUGCUGUGAUGUGAUUUGAAGUAUAUAUUGUAAACCGUUAAGUUUUGUUAAAUAUGGUGGAAGGACCAGGGUGUAAAAUCAAAGGAGAGAAAAUAAAAUCUAAACUGAUGAAACAGGCAGUAAAGGCGGUGUCAGGCAAUGCUGUAGACAGGGAAAUAAAGCCAAAGAAAGGACAGGUGACGUCACAGUUUGACGUUCUGAUUGGGCGACGGCUGACCGGCGUACAGACACUGGGAAAAGAGCUGUUUAUGUAUUUCGGAGAUGUCUGUUUAAGGGUUCAUUUUUUGAUGGCGGGGUCGUUCCGGGUCAACGGACAGGCCCUGGACAAGGACUAUGGGAAACUGACAGAAACUCCCUCCCUCCAGGUCAACUUCAGUACAGACGUACUGACGUUCUACAAGUCUGCUGCACAGAUCAGGGAGUCUGUGUCAUGUAGCUCCAGGUAUGACGCCCUCCACGACCUUGACAUCUGCUCCCCAGUGUUCAACCACCAGAGGGCCGUUACCAUGGUGAUGGAACAGAGUGACCGACAGGUCUGUGAUGUACUACUGGAUCAGACCAUACUGCCGGGAGUCGGAAAUAUCAUCAAAAACGAGGCUUUGUUUGACAGCGGGAUAAAGCCGAGCUCUAAGGUCCAGCAGCUCUCCAAAGAACUAGUGUCUCACCUGGUGAAAAUGACCAGGGACUUCUCUCUCAUCUUCUACAAGUGUAGGAAGACUGGGACCAACUUGAAUCAGUAUAUGAAGAUUUAUAACAAGAGAAAAUGUGGGCAGUGUGAGGGAAAAGUUACAAUAACAAGAAUAGGGGACGACAGUGAGAGAGUGACUUAUUACUGUCCAAACUGUCAGACCAACACACUCAAGUCACAAGUCAAAGUUCAUCCAUGCAAGAACAGUCUAUUGGGAUGGGUACAAUCAGCCAAUCAGAAACCGGAAAUAAAUUCAGCCAAUCAGAGCAGUGAAGUAAAUUCAGCCAAUCAGAACAAUGAGGAGGAUUGGAGCUGUCAGAUAUGUACGUUGAUAAACAGUGGGACAAAACUCAGGUGUGAAGCCUGCAUGACAGAAAGGGAAGCAACUCAUACAGACAAAAGUAAAACGGGUUUGAAAAGGAAGUCAUCAACAGAUUUUUCAGAGCAGUCUGUUAAGAAAGUGAAGGAAAGCAAUGAUGGUCCGCCAGUCAGAAACCUUGACAAAAUGGAAUCCGUGUUAAUUCCCAGGCUUCCUUUAGGAAACAUCCCGCGUCUUCCUACUUUGACACAUUCAGGAAACACAGACUCUCAAAAAGCACGUCAAACAAAUGGAAACAUUGUUGGGAAAACAUUGUCUAAAAAUUCAAGUACUGGGAUUAAAAAGCCACAGACAGGCAUUGGAGGACAUCAAAACAAAGAUGUUAAGAUGAAUGUGAAAGCUGGUGCUCCAACAGUUUCAAAAAAGAUGUCACAAGAUUCCAAGGGACAAGGAGCUAGCAAAGUUCCCUUGUGUCCAGGCCACAGUAAACCUUGCUCCAUGACGCAAACCCGGAAAAAGGGAGACAAUUUUCUUCGCUGGUUCUUCUCCUGUGGUGUUUAUCCACGAUCGAAGCAAUGCAAGUUUUUCCAGUGGGCGGAUGAGAAAUUUCCAAUUUGUCCAAACCAUGGCAAACCAGCGGCAUUCAGGACCGUGAUGAAGGAAGGACCCAACAAUGGCAGAAAGUUCUUUGCUUGUCCACUACCUAAACAGAAACAGUGCGGAUUCUUUGAGUGGGCGGAAGGUUUUGAGGUUUGAACCCAGAUAUAGUACUGUUUGAUACAAAGACUGACUCUGAUGUGGACAUUGUAUGGUUUGUCAUGUACCGGUAUUUCAUUGAUCGUGGAAGGGUUUAUGGCUUUAAUACAAGAAGUCGCAUAUAAUUUUCCCAAAAUAAAUUGAGAUUCUGUAUGAUUUUAUUUUUCUAUGUAACACAGAUAAUUAAUCUGUAAGGUAAUUUCUAUAUUAAUAUUAUGUAGGUUCGGGAUAACUUAAAGUCAAGGCCACAUAGUCCCUUCAUGAACAGCGAAAUAUUUUUGUUCUUUAGAAGAAAUUUGUUUUCACUUCUGCAAAUCCUCAUAAAUACCCUGGUGCAUGAAAAAAAUACAUGUUUUUGAAGGGGGCUGGAUGGUUGUAGACAUUUUUUUUACAACAUUAAUAGAGCUCAGUUUAACGUUGUAGAAAAAAAAUCAAUUUAUAAAUCUAAAAUAUUUGGCUCUUUCUUCACUAAAUAACAAAACAUACCUUUUUAAUUGUUCAGUUACAUUAUAAUAUUCUAUACCUGAAAGCAUAACGAGAAUAAUGCAGAAUUAAGGUUCAGAACAGACCUUGAGAUCACAGUCAACUAUUUGCACUUGGAGUAAUCUCUCUUUCGAACUAAUGCGCCAUCAAUGUCAUGAAAAACUGUUUUUAAAUAUUAAUUUACUAGAAAGUCGCAGCAAGAGAUAAACCGAUGGAAAAUACCUGGCUUAUCUAUCCACAUAAAUGGGUUAUCACUGCACGUAUGAUAACUAAAAUGUUUAUUCAUCCUCUUUUUUUCAUCAGACAAAAACUGUUAUCUCGCGUCUGAGUAGCCGAAGGUUUUGCAAAACAAUAAACAUCGACUAGGAUAUCAUAAUCUAGCUGAAGAGGAAUUUACAAAAGAGGGAUAAAAUGCCACGAUUUGACCUCAUUUUGAAAUUUUGAUAUUGGCCUUUAAUUUCAAUAUGAUCAAAUAGUACCCAAAAUUUAAACCAUUACAGUUUUGUCCUAUGCUACUAGAUAGCAACGAUUUUUGUUUAAAUUUAUAUUUUUUUUUGGGGGGGGGUGUCUUUAUAUGUAAUUUUGUGCUUAAAAAUAAACUUUAAACCAAUUUACAUAUCAGUAUCAACGUGCUUAACACAUAAGCGAUAACACUGCUAAUCCCUCGCACAAAAGAUAUUGAACGAUCCUUAAUCCAAUGACAUCGUUCAUUAAACUCAAAAUGAUAUUUACAAUUAUUUCAUCCAUUAUGCACAAGAAGUGUUAUAACUCAGUUAUGAGAAUAAAGUUCAUUGUCAUUGUCAACUUUAUAA